CCCCUGACCCCACGAAGGUCAACUAAACAAAAACAAAAAUUGCUGGAAAAACUCAGCAGGUCUGACAGCAUCUGUGGAGAGAAAGACAGAGUUAACGUUUCGAGUCCGCAUGAUUUUUCUUCUCCCCUCGUCUAAGUUAUCGUCUCAGCUGGUAAAAUGAAAAUUGUGGAAGAGCCAAACACCUACGGGCUAAAUAAUCCUUUCCUGUCCCAAGUAAACAGACUUCAACCGAAAAUCAGACCUGCUGCAGUUUCAGGCCCAGCUCAUCUGCACAGACUUGCUGGGAAAUGUUUCAGUAUGACUGAGUCUGCGUACAAGUACGAGUUCUGUCCCUUCCACAAUAUCACACAACACGAGCAGACAUUCCGUUGGAAUGCAUACAGUGGGAUCCUGGGAAUAUGGCAGGAAUGGGAGAUUGAGAACAACACGUUUGUGGGAAUGUGGAUGAAGGAAGGAGAUUCCUGUGGCACCAGAAACAGACAAACCAAGGUCCUUCUAAAAUGUGGACCCAGCCACAAACUGGUUCAAGUUUCCGAGCCCAACACUUGUAUCUACUAUCUGAGCUUUGAGACACCGCUGGUCUGCCACCCCCACUCUUUACUUGUUUACCCAAAUCUGAAGAAAGAGCUGCAGAAUCGAUGGGACCAGGCAGAACAAUCACUCUACGAUGGCCUAAUUACUCAGCAAGGUUAUAGGAAGUUGCUGCAAGCAAUAUUCAGAGAUGCAGGUUACCUAAAAAUCUCUGGAGAAAAACAGGAUCAACAGGAGCUGGAGGAACAGAACCACUCCCAGGAGACCUUGGGCAGGUGCAAUGAGGAGCGAAAUAAACUCUCCACAGAAGUUCAGAGGCUAAAGGAUUUACUGACCCGUAACAACAUCUCCUUCACAAUGCCGACCGUGAGUGAAGAAAUCCCCAGAUUAACUGGAAACCAAACUCCAAGGAACCAACAGCUGCGUGGAGACCUGGGGCUCUGGGAUGAUGCACUGUGAUCAGUACCCAGUGGACAGAUAGUCCAGACCUCAGGAUUAUUUGCUUUCCACCAUACCCUUUUCCAAGCAAUUAAGAGGAAAGCUCCAGCGACACUUCUCACUCAGCUGCUGCUUCUGCAAAUUCUGCUUAUUUUGAAUGUGGGAUUUGCUCUGUAAAAGUCUUAAUUCCUACUCAGAUUAUGGAGAAUGAAGUGAUUGUGUUUCAGCUCUGGAAUCUCUCCAACUUAAAAGUUGAAUAAAUGUCGAGUUUGUUUCUAUAUUUCCAAAUGUAAAAUGUUAUUCCUGGAUUAGACCAGCAAUGAAAAAUGUAAGGGACAAAUAUUGAACGAACCCAAGUGACGAUACAAAGCAAUCAGAAGUGGAAAAAGUUCUUAAGGAGUAGAAUAAUAAACAACUUGGGGUUAGGGCAGUGUGUGAGCUCCAGCCAGACACCAGGGAAGUGCUGGUCAAAGGUGGGGUAGGUGAAAUAAAACACAACCUUUAUUCUGCUUUGACCCCACACCUCACACUUGGUGACGCAUUGAUAUUUUAAAGUUACAGAAAUGACCAACGAUUAAGAGUUAUUUUAACUGGCCCAUAGUUCUGCUAACAGGGCCGGGGAGAGGGAGUGCACAAGGUGCAAAACAUCAGGGCUAAGGGGCCUGGGCUCAUUGUAAAUAGAGUUCUUGUCAUUGUCUAGACUGAACAGCCAGAUGGGAUUGAGCCAUCUGAAAGAUAGCUUUAAAAAAAAUGAACUUGGUAAUCGACAGUUGCUGCAAGUAGGAAUUUCAUUUGUUUUUAUUUUACAUUCGCCAUUUCUUUGGCAGGUUUCUUGAGUGUUCACUUUAAGAUCCUGGGCAAUGUGUCUUCAGUAUGGUAAAAUUUGGCACCUUCACUAUAAUUUGGCUGUUUGUUUGCAGCUGGGGAAAAGUAUUUUAUUGAAAUUUUGUGGAGCUUGGGGUCCAAUUAACAAUACCUUCAAUUUCAUGAUCCACCUCUUGAUUGUUUCUAAAUAAAUAAAAAUUCCACUGUUUGUGCAUUCCACUCUACUUUUGGACAGCUUUGUGGUUUAAAAGAAAUCAGUACUGUUAGUUACUGACGGUUGCUGCAAGUAGGAAAACUAAUAAACCUACAGAAUACUCUAUUCACACUCUAAGAAGGGAUAAACUGAAAUUUGUUUAGAAUGUAGGCACUCAAUAGACAGAUAGUAAGGCAGCUGACACCUGACAUUCCAGAUCAAAAUUAUAUGGUAAUCUCAAUGUGUCAUGCACUCCGCACUGGGAGCAACACUAACUACAUUACCUGCAACAAGUAUGUGCGAGAAAUUCUUGUGGAAUUUGUGUCAGUCAGAACAGAGAGAAACUACUGCAACUGACCUUUGGGAAAAACCAUGAAGCAUCCCAAAGGUCAAGUAGUAGGCACAAAUGGUGUAUUUUUUUUAUUAUCAAGAGCUAGAUCAUGAACUUGAAUGUAUUGCUAACUGAACCCCAAGCUCCACAAAAUUUUAAUAAAAUACUUUUCUCCACUGAAUGUGCCUAUUUUACCCACAUGGAGAUGCAUCGACCAGGAUCUUGGGAGUGAACUCAAGAAACCUGCCAAAGAAAUGGGGAAUGUAAAUUAAAACCAAAUUAAAUUUCUACUUGCAACUAUCAGUAACCUGACAGCUCCUAUUUAUUUUAAAGCUGGUCAACCACGAAGCUGCCUGAAGGUCUUUCCCACUCAGCAACUACCAGGUAUUUUUAAAAAACACAUUUAACUGCCAGUUAAACUGUCAGUUGUUGAGAGCAGGAGAUGACACCAGAGCAGUGAUUGGAGGAGUAGCAGGUGCAGGAAAGACAAAGCUGCUCCUCCAAUCACAGAUUCUGUCUCUCCCACACUGGAUAAAAGCAAGCUCUCCCGUUUUUGUUUUCUGGUGCUUUGCUUGCCAAGCUGGUUUUCCAGUGGCUCUGCGUGGUGCUGUGUUGUUCCUCUCUCCAUGCUGAUUGGUCUGUAAAGGUUGGCUAGGCAGAUACUCUGGCCGUUCCUGGUGGCCACCAUGCAGGAGUCUUUGCUGCACUGAACAACUUGUGAAGACUUCUUCUGGAAGGCCAAGGAGGAACAGAAAAUGAAAGAACAGGAGGGAGUCUCCGCUGGUAACGAGGCCAAAGCAGGCCCAGGGGAGCUGUCACAUACCUUGCCUUGUGCCAAGCCGGACCAGACUAGACUGUAGCAUAAGCCACUCCCAGGGAACUAGAACUUUGCUUCUAGUGAUAGUUAUCUUGAGUGAUGUGAUUGAGUGCUGUGUCAGUGUAUCCGGGGAGGAAGAAGGGAGCUUAGGCAGCAAGUGAAUGGGGCUGUCUCCUUUCCUCCAUCUUUCCCUUCUAUAACUCUCCAACAAUGAAACAAUGCAAGCUGCAGCAUGGAAAUGGUCUUUCUUUUCGAUACUGAGCAAGUAGUCAAAUUAUAUAAAACAAAACCAGAAAGGUUUUCUUGCAAUCUGGGUUGCAAGUAUUUAAUCUUUGCCCUGAAUAUGAAUUUGUUCUCUGUUUAUAUAUGAUGCAAUGUGCAAAACAUGUUAAUGAGAUAGUCACCAAAAUCAGUGUUAUUGUCUGCAUAAUGUUAUAAAUAAUUAAUCGGAUAUUUUCCUGUUAAAUUAAUUAAAAUAAAAUUUGUACUCUCUGGUUUGUUAA